AGGCCCCAAGAAUGCCAGGGAAGGGGGGUGGGCAGCCUCCGGAGCCGGCCUGGGAUCCUGUUGGCACCAGCAGAUAUUGGGACGGCACGCACCUCGGGGUGGGGAAACUGCGGCUCCUGCACACCUGGACCUGCCUCCAAACCACAGGUGGAAACGGGUGGAUCUUUGUGGACAAGUGCAGGCCCCGAGCCUCGAGCCCACCGCACACCUUCAAGCUGGCUGCAACUCGCCCUUUCUAACUCCAGCGCCAUCCACAACUGAAGUUGGUAGGGAAGAAAGUGAACUCCGAAGCUCGGUCUGCCUCCGCUUUGGCUCCUGUGGCACCUGACGGAGAUGAGAAGCCCUCGGAGAAGGAACCCAGGACCCUGAGAGGCUCCUGCUCCCACCCCAGGGCCCUCGCGAAGCUCCAAGCCGCCUCCCCGACAGCAGGGUCCUUCUCACUUGUCCCAAGAGACCCAGCAGGCAGCCUGGGACCAGGCAUGGAGAUGCCAGACCCCAUCCUGGAGCGACCUGGGGGGACCCGAGCAUCAAGAGAUGAGCUUCUUAGAGCAAGGAGAUAGCAUUUCAUGGCCAUCACCAGCCAUGACCGCCAGUUCAGAAAGAAGCCAUGGAACACAGGGGCCCGAGGCCUUGAGUUGGACAAAGCAAAAGGCUGUGGAGGCAGAGGAGCUGUCAGGCCCGGAGGAAGGUCCCCAAUCCAGGCCGGCUGCUGAAUCCACCGGGCUGGAGGCCACAUUCCCCGAGGCCACACCCUUGGCCCAAGCUGCUCCCUUGACCGGGGUAAACACUCCACCACCAGAAAGGGACAUCCUCCCCAGUGACUGUGCAUCCUCAUCCACUGGCUCCAGCACAGAUGAUCUGGACCUGGGCAUAGAGUUCUCAGCCACAGCAGGCUGGGGGUGUGAGCUCGGCCUGGUGGAAGAGACGCCUGCCCGGUACCCGUCCCCGCGGGCCCUCUUACCCAGGCUGGGCUGGGACGACGAGCUGCAGAAGCCAGGGGCCCAAGUCUACAUGCACUUCAUGCAGGAGCACACCUGCUACGAUGCCAUGGCAACCAGCUCCAAGCUGGUCAUCUUCGACACCACACUGGAGAUCAAGAAGGCCUUCUUUGCCCUGGUGGCCAACGGCGUCCGGGCGGCACCUCUGUGGGACAGCAAGAAGCAGAGCUUUGUGGGGAUGCUGACCAUCACGGACUUCAUCCUGGUGCUGCAUCGCUAUUACAGGUCCCCCCUGGUCCAGAUCUAUGAGAUUGAAGAACAUAAGAUUGAGACCUGGAGGGAGAUCUAUCUUCAAGGCUGCUUCAAGCCUCUGGUCUCCAUCUCUCCCAGUGACAGCCUGUUCGAAGCCGUCUACACCCUCAUCAAGAACCGGAUCCACCGCCUGCCAGUCCUGGACCCGGUCUCGGGCGCCGUCCUCCACAUCCUCACACACAAGCGGCUGCUCAAGUUCCUGCACAUCUUUCAGGGCACCCUGCUGCCCCGGCCCUCCUUCCUUUCCCGCACCAUCCAGGAUUUGGGCAUCGGCACAUUCCGAGACUUGGCCGUGGUGCUGGAAACAGCGCCCCUCCUGACCGCACUGGACAUCUUUGUGGACCGGCGCGUCUCUGCGCUGCCUGUGGUCAAUGAAGAGGGACAGGUCGUGGGCCUCUACUCUCGCUUUGAUGUGAUCCACCUGGCUGCCCAGCAAACCUACAACCACCUGGACGUGAGCGUGGGAGAAGCACUGAGGCAGAGGACGGUGUGUCUGGAGGGAGUCCUUUCCUGCCAGCCCCACGAGAGCCUGGGGGAGGUCAUCGACCGGAUUGCCCGAGAGCAGGUACACCGGCUGGUGCUGGUGGACGAGACCCAGCACCUCCUGGGCGUGGUGUCCCUCUCUGACAUCCUUCAGGCACUGGUGCUCAGCCCUGCUGGCAUCGAUGCUCUCGGUGCCUGAGGAAGUCGGAGUCCUCACUCCCAGCCACCUACCACAUCCAGAAGCCAACGCAGGGAGCCAGGCACCCGGCCUUCCUGUCCCCCCACCCCCAUCUGCUGGUUCGGCUCUGGUUCAGGCUUCUCCAGCCCUCCCUAACUGCCCUUGCCCUGCCCGUGCUCCCAGAAGCCCUCAGGAAGGCCCAGUGCACCAUGGGAUGAUGAAAUUAAGAGCAGCUGUCAGCCUGGAGGUCCCUGAGCCAGAGGCACUGGCAUUACCCCAGGGCCGACUGCUCCACGCCCACCCACAUCGCUUUCCCGAAACCUGGGUCCUGACUGGCCGAGUGGGGCAGUGAGCCCUCAGCCAGUGGGUUAGUCAGGGACUCCGGGUUCCUUGGCUUCUCGACUACCUGCUGCUCAUGCGCCCAGCUCCUGGCAGUCUCAGCUAUUCUUCCCCCAUGGAAACAACCCUAGUGGUCCCCCACAACUUCGCCACUGCCCUCCUACUCUCCCAGCACUGUCAUUUCAAGGCUGCUGGGGGUCACCACGGAACAGCAGUUAUUUCUGGAGCUGCCUGUUGGAGUGAGCGUCCCCCUCCAUUCUCAUCCUUAGCUCUCGCCGGCAAACAGUGUUCUCAGUCCCCAGGCAUGGUCUGGAUUCUGAUCACUGAGGAUGUACGAUGGAGAAAACAAAAAGAACAACCCACGAACUUAGAUUUUUACAAGUUUCACUCAGAAAACAGUACAGUCGUUUGACCUAAGCUUGUGGCAAGAUCCCUGUGCUUUCUGAAUUCAAAGACACGAAGGAAAAGCUCUCGUUGACAAA